AAAUAUCCAAAGAAUCGUGUAAAAACAGUGGUCGCUGUGGUGUAUCAACAAAAAGUGCAAGUUACUCAAUCAAAGUGCGUAAAAAUCAUGGCCUUAAUAUCAAGUAACCACGCCAAUUACCGAUCAGCGUCCCCGUCGAUGCUGACAAUGAACUACGGCGGGUCGCAUAUAGUGUACUCGUCGCCACCCUACACACCGCCGAAGACGACGACGAGAUACUCGGACGAAAGCGACGUCGCGGCGGUGGUUAACGGGCAUCAUGAAUAUUCGCAAUCCGCUGACAGCUGCUACGAUAGAUCGCCUUACGGAUUGCUCACCCCGCAGAGAUACGAGACGCAUUACUCGCCAGACUAUCCAAAUCCAUCGCGGAUCCCGAGCUACGAAGAGAAUUCGAUGGAUUACAAUAAUCAAACGGCGAACUGGCAUCGAUGCUACGAGACGCCCCCGCAAGAGCCUCAAGCGAUUGCAGGCGGUGCGGCCAUCGAGCAAAGUGCCGGAGAGACCUGUUGGGACUGCAACGCAGUUACCCCGAAAACUACAGCGAGUGAAUCGUGCGAGUCGAGUCCCCGGAAGGCCCGUCGUCGCUCACGAGACGUGCCACCUUCGCCGAGCGUCCUGAAACGCCGUCGACUAGCGGCGAACGCACGCGAGAGGCGCCGCAUGAACGGCCUGAACGACGCGUUCGACAAGCUGCGCGAAGUCGUGCCGAGUCUUGGGGCCGACCACAAGCUCAGCAAGUUCGAGACGCUGCAGAUGGCACAGACCUACAUCGCCGCGCUCUGCGACCUUCUCAAGCAGCACGACGAGAACAGAUGAUCGCUCUGGCGAUACUUCUCACUGCCAUUAAUUACUUGUUUGCCAUUUUUUUCGCCGUCCAAAUUAAGCGAGAGUGACUCGCGGAGACGACGACCAAGUA